CGAGUAGAAUAUUACAAGAUGGUUUCUGUUUAUGGUGGUAAAAUAGGGCUACGAGGGAAUUUACAUAUUUUGUAGGGAAAAUUAAAUAUAAUUAACUUCAUUGCACUUCUGGUGCCUUUAAAAUUCACAUGUAAUGCUAAAUAUUUACUGGUACAGUUUGCUAGGGAAGAUGCUGUUGUUUCCGGGAACAUUUUAAAUGCAAUCGAUAUAAGAAGUACAUAGUGCACACACAACCGUUCGCGCAGCGAACGCAACCUGCCGCCGACAGACGAAACUACAGGUCCCUGGUUCUAUUUCGUGAAAACCCCUUCGAAGUGCUUGUCGAAAUAGAGUAUGAAGAAGAAAAGGCACUUUCAUGUCUUUGAGUUUCUUCAGCAUUUUGCAUUUAUUAAAUUUGCACAUCAGCACCGAACAUACUAUUUCACAAGUAUUUGAAGAUUGAUAAAAGAGAAGUGAAAAAUAAAGAUGGCAACAAACAAGAAGGAAAUAGAAAAGGAAGGAGUUCAUAAUCAAAAAGAUCUUCAGCAAGAAAAUUAUGAACAGAAAUUCCAGGAGAUGCAGAAGUACAUUCCAUUCUUAGAGAUGAUGAUUCAAAGAUUAGAACGGUCUAGUGAUAAGUCACGGGAGGCACAGCUUCUUAAGAUGAAGAGCUUACGUUGUAUCCUUUCAAACACAAAGAAAAAGUUGAACAUAGCAACACUGAAACGAUGUGAGGAUGUCCUUCAGAAGUUGCAUGAAAAAGUAGAAAAGGGUACAAGUGCACAAGCUAAGCAUGCAAGUGUGAAACCAGCAGAAGAGAAAAGGACCACUGGUAAUGCUCAGGAGAAGGCAAAUCCUGCCAGUUCUGGUGAUGGAAAUGAGCAGCAAGUUGUUACAUCAUCAACAGAUGACAGUUCUGUAACAGAUAUAAUGAAAACACUGAAAAUGGCUGCUGCUCGUACAAGUGGUAAAAGUGUUUCGUCUGCUACCUCUUGUCCUGACAGUAACAGUGGCCCUGAUGACAUUGAAGAUGUGCAUACAACUACAGGUAGUUGUGUGCCUAAUAUGCCUUCUUCAGAGAAAAAGAACAAGGCAUUGGAUGUUCUUGAACAGAGUCGAGAAAGACUUAAAAAACUAAUGGAACAACAGACAUCAUUGUCUACAGAAUCUGCUAAGAAACCAGAUGGUCGUUUAAGUUCCCCAUCAAUGGAAUGGCAGUAUCAGACAGACCCACCAUGGGAGAAGCAGGAUUAUGAGAAGGGGACUCCAAAGCCAGCAUACCCACACAAUAGAGUUAUGAGGGACCCUGAGGAGAGCAACAGCAGGAGGGCAAAACCUGUAAAGGACAUAUCAGCAAGUGAAGAACCACAGUCUGGUGAUGAGCUUUGGGGUUAUGGAGACGGUUCUAGGUCUGAACUUGAUGGGUCACAUACAGGGUGGAGGGAUUAUAAACCACCAGUUCGAUCCUUGUGGCCUUCUGAUGGUGAACAGCAUGGGAGCACAGUUCCAAAUAAACCUUCAAUCAACCAAACAUGUCUCAGUAGGGUACCUACCAGUCUCCCUUCACCAUCAGGUUCUCUCAGCCAGCAGGCAUUUGCUACAAAUGGUGGUAUGCAGUCUUGCUCUUCACCAAAUAAGAAAUCUCUUCCCAAACUUCCAACUUUAUACAAUGUUCUUAAACAUCCACCAGCAGCAGGAUCUAAGCCUUUGUCUGAUGCUGACAUUGAAGAGCUUCUGGAAGACACAAACAGGAGUGAAUCAGAACCAGAAAAAAAGGAGGAAUCGCCGCAUAUGAGCCUAAGGGCAAAGUUGGAGCAAGAGAUACAGCAAGUACAUAGAGUUGGUGUUAGUAAAGGAGGUGCCUUAAGGAGCUUGGUACAAAAAGAUGAUAAAUUAAAGUCUCCUGUUAGAAAUAUACUGGAUAUGAUCAAACCAAACUCUGAGGUAAAAAAAGACAAGUCACUAAUUAAUCGUCUACAGGCUUCAAGCAAGUCAGAUUCUGUAAUGGGAAGUGCCUUAAAAGCAAAUGAUGAAAAAGCAAGUGACAUCAGUCAGAACAGAUGUAACACUGGAAGUCAUGUUGCAGAAAAGGGUGACAAUAGAAAUGAUUUUGGAAUUUUUAAAGAUGCAUUAACAAAAUCUAUUAAGGAUAGGAGACCAACAGACCCAAGGAGACGUGCAAGCUUCAGUCCCCAUGGAGAGGAAAGUAGUCAGAAUUCUCCAUGGGAGGACGUGCAUCCUCCUGCAGGAGACAAAAAUGAUCCACGUGUCAGGCUUAGUACUGAUGUUGAAUCAAAUUAUGGUAAUCUCAGUUACAUUAAUAGAGACUUACCACUUAAUGAUAAGUUGGAAGGCCCUACUAAGAAGGAAGGCACUGGUAUUUUGUCAAGUUUGAGUAAAGAAGAACUGCAAAAGAUUGUGGAGGAUAAUCUCCGCAACCUUCCUUCUCCUCCUCCAAACACAAAAGAAAUACUUGAAACUGUUCAUAUGAAUAGUCCUACUGCAGUGAAACCAGUGUGGCAGCAGCCUGCAGAUUUCCUCUCUCCUAUGUCUUCACCCAAGGAAUACAAUCAAUCUGGCUUUAUGUCACCUCUUCACAGUUCACACUAUGGAUCACAAGUAGAAUCACACAUUGGGAUUGGAAGGAAUUCUACAUCAUAUAGUUCUUUUGGCAUUCCAAGACCUGAAGAUCGCAGACCACUUUUACCAACACCUAAUAUGCCACAUGAUCCAAGGGUACUUCCCCGUAAUGUAAGUCAUGAUCCUAGAUAUUCGAGAGACAACCAAGUCCCUCUCUCUAAUAUUCAUGAUCCACGAGUGAAUGUUUCUAGUUAUUCACAUCAUGAUAAUUACCGAAGUGGGAUUUUACCACACCCUCCACAUGAUCAGUACAUGAGACCGGUUUCCAGUGCUUAUCAUCAAAAUCCACAUACAAAAUUCCACUCAAACCAGACACCACAUUUACAGACAGCUACAAGAUGGGUAGGGACAUCUUACGGAGCUUUAUCACACAAUUCCCCAAGGGUAGCUGAUGAAAGUUUUAUGCGUCCUGGGGACAGUUACACCCAGCAUGGGCCUAACAGUAGCAGAUUCCAUUGUUCGCCUCAUUCCUCUCAAAAUGAAUUUAGUCAAUUUCCAGGGCAAAUCAAUCCAAUGCAUGACCAUUUUUCUGGUAAUCGGCAGCAACAUCCAUCUUGGCAGUCACCAUCUUCCACACAAGGUUGUUUCAGAAGUGGAUCUUCAGCAAAUUAUCCCUCAUCUGCAAGAUCUGUUGGACAAGCAGCUCAGCAUCAUGGGAACAUUUCUCAUGGUGUUAGUAAAGUUCCAGUUGGUGACCCUAGGCUGUCUAAUCCUCAGUUUAGUGGACACUGUUCACCAGUGUCACCUCAGGGUACAACGUCAGUUGCCAGUGUCCGUGGUUCAGGAAUAAGUGGAACUGUUUGUCGUGCCCAGACCAUGGAGAGUAGAAGUGGAAACACACUUUCUGAAAGAGAUCCUAGAAGAAAAAGCAUAGAAGAACCCGAAAAAGGAGAUUGUAACUCUAGAAGUAAUAGGGAAAGUAAGAAGAUUUCUUCCAGUUCAGGGAGUUCAAAUUAUGGUUCAGUUCUUGAACAAAGAACAGAGAAGUGUGGUUCUAAUGAGAGGAGAAGAGAUUCUGAUGCCAGGAAAUUUGAACUUAAUAGUUUUAAUAGAAGAAGAAGUUCGCCUGAGCCUAACAAGCCAAAGGAAACAGAACUUGUUUCUCCUUUAAAUAGUUUGUAUGACAUUGCGGCUGUCCCAAAGACAGGGAAAGGUUAUGGUUUCCAGAAGUUCAGAAUACCAAAAAUAAAACGCCCUCCUUCACCUCCAAAAGCAAAAUCACCCUCACCCCAGAAGGCAAAAUCGCCUCCACCAACAUUGGAAUCCUCAAGUUUUAUAGGCGACACCAAAGAAAAAGCCGAAGUAACAAACUCCACUGAUAAGAUGCCAGUGACGCGAACUGAAACAAUACAGUCAAGCCUGAGAAGUGAUUCUUCAGAUGAUGUACCCAGUACUGAUGCAGUUGGUGGUGACAAAGGUAAUGACAAUUGUAUUGUUUCUACAAACCAUGAGAAUGCACCUGCAGAAAAGAGUUGUGAUAUGGAAGCUGAGAAAACAAAUUCAGAGUCUAGAUCCAAGGAGGAAGUUACACAAGAAUGGAUUGAGGCACUGAUAAGAAAAUCUUUCGAGUGUGGAGAAGGUAAAAAAUUUAUUGAGCAGGCCAGAUUGUUGGAGAAACUUGGCGAAAGCUUAAAGGGGAAAAAAUUGAGAAAGAUAAAGAGAAUUCUGGAAUCAGACUCAGAUUCAGGAUCUGAUGAAAAUGAUUUUGAGUCUUCCAAGAAGAAUGAGAAAAAUGUGGACUUGAAUCAGGAGGACCAAAAAACUGGAGAGGAAGGAGCGGUUGUGAAGAAGGUAGAAAUGUCUGUGGAACGAAAUAAGAAGCCAAAAUAUCGAAGAUUAAUUUUGUCUGAUGAUGAUCAGAGUACAGAUAGUGAAACUCUCGCUUCUAAGUCGAAGACUGGAGCUGCUGAGGUUGACAAACCAUUAAGUAUUAGAAAGAGUAAGGGUGAGGUUGAGGAGGAGGAAGAGGAUGACAGCAAUAAAAUAGAUGAUGGUAAAUCAAGAGAGGAAAAACAAAGUACUUCAAGUGAUGAGGUGAAGCCAACAAGAAGGUAUUCAAAGAGACGUUCUGCUCUUGAGCUUCUGCAAGAAGACAUCCGAGAGAUGUUUAUUUGUGAAGGAGUUGUAACAGCAACAGGUCAUCGGAUGUGCCGUUUGCUUAAGGAAAGCCCCCCUGGAAUGACAGUUGAAGAAAUCUCUAAAUCCACUGUUAAAAUAACAGAAGAUGAAGUAUAUACCACACCAGAAGAAUCAGAUGGAUCAUCAGUUAUUUGUAAGAGGCGAUCAAAGAAGGUGGCAAGAGAAGAAGAAUUUGACAGGAAAGGAAGAGAACAAAAAGUGGAUAAGAAACAAAAAGGGAAAAUAAAAAUGAAAGAUGAAGAAAGAGAAUAUGGGGUUGGGACAGGAUGUGGUGAUGCAUCCAAUGAAUUGGAUGAAAGUAGGACAAACAGCAGGGCAAAGAACAAAGAUGGCAGUCUUAUUGAUGACACUGGGGACAGGUCUGGGUCCCCUGUUACAAAACCUUGUAAGAGAUAUGAAAAGUCCAGGUGGAAAGGUUAUGUGAUAGAAGAAAGUGAAGACUCAGCUGAAGAAGCGACUGUCAGUAAUGCAGAUAAGAAGAAGAAAAGUUUAGGAGAGAAAGAAGAUGUAGAUUCGUAUGAUAAACCACGAGAGCAGUGUUAUUCACAUCGUGGCAGACCACGAUCAAAAUUAUAUCCCACUGAUGAAUCAAAUUCAGAACGUGGAAGACGAGCACGUCUUCCAAGAGUAAUACUUGAAAAAGCUGAUAUCUCAAAGCUGAAUCUCACAUCUUCAAAACCACGAACAAGGUAUUUUGAGGAUAGUUCUUCUGAUGAAUCAUUAGUGGAAGAUACUACUACAACUCCUGUGAACAAUGUUAGAUCCAAAUUUAAAGCAGCGCGAAAGUCAAGAGCAAAAGUCAGACAUGCUUAUCAAAGAAGGGGUCGUGGUCGUCCUACUAAAAGAGGAAGAAAGAAACAGACAAAGGUAGAUAGGAAUGAUGAAUUCUCCACUGAUGUUGAGAGUAUUGUAUCAGAUCACUCAUCUAUAGCAAGCACUGUAUCUCAUCAGACAAACUCGGAAAAUACAUUUUCUCCCAUUGGUUUCACAUUUCGAAGGAAAUGCAAUAAUAAAAGGUCGAAAUUCCUUGGAAAGAAAAUUGAUGACAUCAUUAAUAGGCUCACUAAAGACGAAGGUUUCAGAAGAGUAGAUGUAACAGAGAACAACACAAACUCAGAAGAGAAACUUUCUGAAUCAGGUAGAGGAGAGACUUCUAUGCAAGAAACAAUUGCAGAAGCAGUAAAUGUUGAAGUGAAGGAGAAAGAAAACGUUGUUAAAAUAGAUGAUGCUAGUAUUUCAAAGGCAGCCACAACUGACAUUGGUGUACCUGUUGCUAAGUCUGAUGUUGAGACAGAAAGUACUAGAGCUCCCAGUGUUGGUAAGAAAAGAAACUCGCGAGUUAUGUUGAACCUGGUGAGAAAAUUUGGAAUACAGAAAAGAAUGAAGAAAAAGAAAAAGUGGCAAUUAGGUAUUAUUAAUUAUACAAAGAAGAAAAGUGGUAUUAAGCUUAAGUCAGAAGUUGGAGCAAGCGAUGUUACUGCUAGUGUUGCUUGUGAGAAAGAAGUAAAUACUCUUAAUAAAGCAGUUAACUGUACAGAAGUUACUGAUGAAAGUAGCAGCACAGAUAAGGUUGGAAGUGAUGUGUCCAUAAAUGAAGGAAAGGAAGAGGAAGACAAAGUAGUAAGCACUAAACAAAUUGUAACAGCAAGUAAUGAUAAAUUAGAUCAGAAUAUUGAACUGAAACAAAUCAGUGAGACAGAGGAUAACAGAAUGCUUCAAAUGAAUGAUAUUUUAGAAAUGAGCAACAUUUGUGCAGGCAAAUCAGAUGAGAGACUGGCUUGUUUGGAUUUAGAAAACGAUUUGGACAGUAAGGAUAAGUCGCCCACAGUUCUCGAUCAAAGUUAUGUAUUGGAUGGAAGUGCUAAGUAUGCCUGUAAACUUUGUUUGGUGCAGUGUAAAAAUAUAGUACCUCAUUAUAAAAAUUACCAUCCUGAGUCAGAAGUCCUCAUUUCACGACUCCCUGUGGAUGAGGCUUCUCGAGCAAUUUCUGAAGCCUUAGAAAGUGAUUAUAAAGAAGACAUAGGUAGUACAGAAUGUGGAAAGAAGAAAAAGAAACAAGCAGGUAAAUUCAUAUGUCGAAUAUGUGAUCAUACUGCAGCAUUUGCUCUUAAUUUCUAUGAGCAUCUUAGUUCUCAUACUGGUGAAUAUAGAUUUCGGUGUGGAAAAUGCUCCUAUGAAGCAUCAACAAGACAUUCUGUUAAGGGGCAUUUUUAUUAUCAUCAUCCAGAACUCAAAGGAGUUGAAAGUGUUCAGGCUACUGUUUUAACCCCAGGGCCACCUAACGAAGCUAAGUUUGUGUUUGGCUAUUUGUGUUCAUCAUGUAAUUUUGUUCAGUUGUUAAAGCAAAACACUGAAAAGCACAUUUCUUUGAGGCAUCCUUCAGAAAGCAAUGCCAAGUCAAUAUGUAUUAACAUGUCAAAGAUAACUCCAAAUGAUACUGUAGAAAGUGAGUCAAAACAUGUGUGUACAGAUGAAGGUGCAAAGGAAUCAAGUGAUAAUGAACCUGAUAACAUGUCAUUUGAUGCUGAAAGUAGGAAUGGUGAGGAAGUGUGUAAUGUUGUGUCACCAGUAAUAACUGAAAUGACUCCAGAAGAAGAACUGUUAGGCUCCACUGUGACAGGAAUUAAUGUAACAGAUCAGAAACCAGGGGCAAAUAGUGAUAUGACUUCCAAACCUUGUGAAGCAGUUUAUGGAGUCAAUAUGGAGAAUGAACAAAAAUCUGAAAUUGAGCCAUCAGAAUCUCUUUGUGAAACACGUGCUGAGAACCCUGUUAAUGAUUCUUGUAUGCUAUCUGGAAAACCUGAAGUAACUGCAGUAUGUGAAGAACCUCAUAAUUCUCAACAACUGUCUGCAUUUGAUUCUGACAUGGAUGCAAGGGAUGAUAAUGCUCAAUCGUCAAUUGAAGCAGUAGAGGAUAUGCAAUUGAAACAAAAAACUGAUGAAACUAGAAAAAAUGAUAUUGGAAAUUCAACCACUACCAUAUCAGAAACUGAAGAAGUUGCAAAGGAGGUUGACCUUAAAGCAUUUGUAUGCUCUGAUGAUUUGGAAGAAGAGAAUUCUGUUAUUCAGAAGGAAAGGUUGAAGAAAAUGCAAGAAAUAGCCCAAAAUCUUAAGGACACUCACCCGGAAUUCCUUCAGUCAAAUCGUAGGUCAAUAUUAGAUCAAUUAUCUGAUAAACUAAAAACAGGUUUGAAGAGCAAAACAGUUGAUACCACAUUGGGAGAAAGAAAUGAGAGGGUGGAUUCCCUGAUAAACAGUAAAGAAUCUGAGAGCAAAGAGGGUAAAUCUGAGGCCGAGAAGCUGACAGAUGUAUCAACACUGAUAGAUGAGAAACGAGCUAUUGAAGCUGCACAGGCAGUUCAGAACUUGUUGAGAGCUGAAAAAGAGACAACUGAUGACAAACAGUCUACUGGCAUUGGUCAAAAAAUGAUAGAAUCUCCAAAUGGAAGCAGAAGUGGAAGGCACAAUAAACCUGGCACAGGUGAUACAAUUGCACGGAGAAUAACUCGUUCUUUCAGUAAGAAUGAAGAUGAUGUAGAUAUUGAAACUGUUGAUGAGUCUUCUUCUGAUAUUAGCUUUGUAUUUGAGGGUGAAGAUAAUGAUGACAUAGUGGAAUCAGAAACUCAGAGCCCAGAUACUCUUUUGAAUGAGACACUUUCUGUUUUGAAGGAUGUUAGUCCAAGGAAAUCAGCAAGUAGGAUGUUUGACAUUAUUGAGCGCCUUGCUUCGAAAGUUGUUCCUAAAACAGAACCCUCAGAUAUGGGUGAUCGUAUGAUUGAGAUGGAUAUCCCAGAAGCUAGCAGCAGCACGAUUGCUAAAGAACUUCACGUUGGUCCUUCAAGUACAGAUGGUGAGAUGAAGUCCAGAGAAACAGACGGUUUGGAAACCAUUGCCAACAAGAAAUCUUCAAGUGUAAUUGGUAAACCACCACCACUGAUUUCCCUUGGGGCCAAGGAAAAGCAUGUGCUUAGAGGGGAUAGUGCAGUGGGGGAUGAAGGAUCAUUCUCAUCAAUACGUGUUGGUCCUUUGGAGGCACGGCGCUUCAGUGACAGGCUGCUCUAUUCAUGUUGCAUCCGCGGAUGCAUCUUCGCAUCAACAGAUCGCAUGUCCUUUGCAAGUCACAUUGAGAAUACUCAUAAAGUUAGUCGUUGGGAUGGGUCAUGUCAAGCAUGUAAUAACCAUGCAAAAAGAGAUCAGCAUGUCAAAUUGUCGCAUGCUUUGCAUCAUCUCAUAAAAUUUCACCUUGUUGCUUCACCACAUGACCUGUCAACUCCUAGUGCAAUGAAUAGUAAUGAACAGGAUAUUUCAGAAUUAUCAUCACAAGAAACUUCUUUUGGAGAAGGGGAGGUGUCAGCAGAAAAUGUAUCUGAGAGUGAUAUUGAAAUUUUAACAGAACAGAUUUCUGUUGAAGUAGAGGACAUGUCACCAGAAAAAACAUCUGUGGGAGUUGAAGGAAUGCCAGUAGAAAAUGUGUCUGUUGAACGAGAAGUGUCAAAAAAGAAUACUUCUCUGAUAGGAGGGGAGAACUCUAACAGUACUGAAGGAGGGACUGAGGCCCCUGAACCUAGGAAGUUCAUCCGCCUCCGCAGAUUAAGUGGAGACCUUCUUUCCAUCCCAAAACCAAUGGAAGAUCCUGUUACAGCAGAUGUCCAGGAACAGGCCUUUCAUGAAGAUGAUAUGGAAAUUAACCAGUUGAUUAGAGAAGUGCCUGUAGAGGAAGUGAAUGAUAAUGAAGAAGAUAGUGGUCCAUUUCUGAAGAUAGAGAGUGUUGUCAGUCUGAAUCCAGAUGCUAUGGGGACAGAGGAUGUGAAUGAGAUUCUCAGGGCAGUUGAAGAUCCUCAGAAUGCUUCAAAAUCCUUAGAGAAGUUGGACCCUGGUGAUGACAGUGAUGUAACAUCUUCCCCAGCCGGCAUAUAUUCCAUCCCUAGUUCAUCUAAUGCUGUUUCCUCAACAGGUGUCAUGUCUGCAUCUGUAAUUGAGAAUUCUAUACCAUUCAUGACUACUGCUCCAGGUCCUUCCACAGGUGCUCUGCGAACUUCUUCACCAGAUGUACAGCUGUUAACAUCGUCAUCUCCACUGCCAAUUUCAGUGUUGAGAGGAAAGACUCCAGGACCUCAUGGCACAAUGCACAUGUUUCCACUAACUCCACUGUCAAAGUCAUCAACUAUUACAAUACUUCCAUCAUUGCAACAACUUUCUCCCAUGAAGCUUAACAAUGUACAGUUGUCGCCAGUGAAAUUAGCCAGCUUCAAAUCUCCUGACAUUGCCUCUAAGCCCAGUGUAGCAACAAACAUCCCUCAUUCACUUAUGGGUCUUGCUCAGAUUACAAGACCAACAAGCUCUAAAGUAACUGUUGCUAAAGAGAAGCUUUCAGGUGGAAUGAUAAGAGGAGGGAUAUGGUGCAAUCAGGUUUUACCAAACAUACUGCCAAAAGGAACCUUUGUCCGUUUAGAAAUUAAGGAUAACCAAGUUACAGCGAAGUCACCUGUGGUGUUAACUUCCAAAUCUCAGGCCCCUGUAAUGGUAAAUAUGAAAACAGCACCGUCUUUGACCAUGACUACAAACACUACAUCAUCUGUAGGGAAGACCCCAAUAUCUUCAGUCUCAGUUAAGAAAAGAUUAGAAGUUAAGGUUACAGUUCCUAGCAUAGUACAGAAAGGUACUCCUGGCUUGGCUCCUCCCCCAGUUCCCUUUACAGCAGCUAGUAACACAGUUCUGUCAACAGUAGUCUCAAAAAGUAAACUUCCCCACAAGUCAGCUGUGGCACCUUCAUAUGCAAAAGCUUCAAAAGUGCCAUCAGUGUACCAGGAGAUGAUUAAACCUGUGAAACUGCGACAUCUGUACAAAUGCAUGGCAAGGUUGUGCUCCUAUACAACAGACAAUGUGGAAAAUUACACUAAACAUUAUAAUGAGCAUGAGAAUCAGCUGGGACAGCGAUCAGCAUCAGAGAAGAAGAAAGGAAGACCACCUGCAGCAAAGAUGUCUGAUUGGCAGCAGUGUGCUUAUUGUUGUGCCAUCCAGACAUCUUUAGCAGGUGUGCUGGAACACAUGCAGACAGAGCAUGGACAUUGUUUGUACCAGUGCGCAUAUUGCUUCUACCGGGCUGUGACGAAGUCCUAUAUUGUUCUCCAUCAGAACACAAGUCAUACAAGUGAACAUGUAGCUGUUCUGAUGUGCAGAGAAAUUAAAGAUCUUCCCAGUCCUGUGAAUGCAGUAAAACCACGUUCCUCUGUAGUUGUACCUUACAUCUGUGAACAAGGCAGCUGUGGUGCUGUAUUCUACAUUCCAGAGAGUUUCUUACACCACUUAGAGAAAGAACAUUCUCAGCUUGCCAUUUAUUCAUGUCAUAUGUGUGGGAGUAAAAGCUUCAAGCCUGAUCGUCUACUAGCCCACUACAAAUUGCAUUCAUGUUGUUCUUAUCAGUGCAUGUAUUGUCUUCAUGGCACUGACACAAAAGAAGAGAUGCAUCACCAUUUAUGUAACUUCCAUUCAAAUCAGAUGGCAAAAGUUAUUAUUCGAGCUACAAGCACUUCAGAGCUUGCUGAAUUAAAUGGGAAACAGAGUGAAGAGGACUUACUGAAUGUUUUAGAUGUUCUUGAUCUGGAUGAAGGAUUGUCAGAUGAUGGCUUAUUAGUGUUGCCCCCGCCAGAAAAGGAGCCCGCUUUUGAGGAUCCUUCUUUGCGUGCCAAUGUUACAUGUUCUGAACUACAGGAAUCAAGGUGUUCCAAUCGUUCAAAUGGCAGUUUAAACAUAAAUACAGGUAUGAACCCUGAGGAAAGAGCUUUGGAUGCAGAAACUACGAAUAAAGAAUCAGUCAUUUCUUCUGAACCGCACAGUCUAUCAGUGAAGAUGCUGGGAACUGAGUUGAAGGGGAAGGAAAGCAGCAAACAAGAUCAUGCAAAUAUAGUUGAAGUUUCUGAUUAUGUUGCCGGUAGUAAUAAUAAGUCACUAAAUUCUAAUUCUUCUGCAUGUGGUAAUGACCAGAAAACUGAUGAUGACAUUGUUAUUAUUGAUGAUGGUGAUCAUUGUGACAUAUCACAUACACAACCACUACCUCAGCAAAAUUCCCAUGUAGGCUCAGAGGUUGGGUGUUUGAAACCCAGUGGAACACAUUCAUCUCAACAAGAUUCUGAUGUGGAAUGCUUAGAGGAAUCAUGUAAUUCACAGAAGGAAGAGCAAAAUGAAACCCGUGAUUCUGAUGUGAUAUUUUUGGACAAUUCUGUUGAAACUGUAGGUCAAGGUACAGAAUCUGUGAGCAAGGUUUUGGCUACAAAGGAAAAUACAGAUUUGAUCCUUCAGGAACCUCUGGUAACGGUGAAACAUCGUGAUCCAAAAACAUCUGCUGCGAUUGCUGCAGCUGUUGAUCCAUUGAGCAUAGAGUUACCUCAGGACACUGAAUUCCCACAAAAUGGAAGUGAAGCUCAAAGUGUAACUUCUUCACAGCAAAGCACAUCUACCCUUUCACUUCCAGCAACAAGUAAUGGUUUAGAUUCUGAGAUAGCAGACUGCAUGAUGAGCAGUACAGAAAGCAGUCAGAAUGAGUUGAGUGCAGCUGCAGUGGAAGACCUUGAUGAUACAGGAUUAUCUGGUUCCAUGUUAUACCAGUGUGGUUAUGUUACCUGCACUUUCUCAGCUGAAGUUUCAUCACUGUUGAAAGAUCACUUAUUGGUUUGUGAUCUAGCAAGGGCCUCGUCUAGCUUGACAUGUGUCCAUUGCAAGAAGCAGUUCAAAUACGUAAACUCAUUGCUGGAACAUUUGCGUACACAUGGCACCAGGCGUUUCAGUUGUGCAUUGUGUUCUUUCCGGGCACCAGUACCACAGCAUGUGGCAAAACAUCUUAAACAGAGGCACCGUGUUGGCAGUACCAGAGUUGUACCCCUCAACCCUCUGAGGACAGACCCAGAAACGGCCAUGUUUGUAGUGUUUCCAAAGGACAAGAGUAAAGGUGGACAUGGUGGUAAAAGUAGUGGUAAGAAUACACAGGAUGUGCGCAGCAAGUUAGUUUUCCUUCCGGAAGACGUAGAAUUACUUCCACUACAGGCAAUUUAUACACGGCCUGUGCGAUGUGCUACAUGUUCUUAUACUACCAAAGUACGCAGUAAUAUGGUACGUCACUUGCAUCUCCACCUCACAAGCAGCAUUAUCCCAGAGGUAGUGCCACCAGAAAAUGCACCAGUGAACCCUGUGCCCUGUCUUGAGAAGAAGGAAAUGAUGUUUGACAAAAUGACAAAUCUAGCUGCUAGUUCUCAUAUACCAUCAUCUGCUAAAGCAUCUGAUACACCAUCAGGGAGCCUAACAUUAACAGAAGAGCUUGAAGCAAAAUUACCGAAGUUUGUGCCUGAGCACCAACGAUAUGUAUGUGGAGCUCCAGGAUGCAGUUAUCUUACGUGUGAUGAGACCAUGUUGCGAUACCAUCUACGAGCACUGCAUUUUGAUGAAACAGCAUAUAGGUGUCCUCAUUGUCCUACGUCAGCCCUUCAUGAAAACGUAGGUCAAGUGGUGUCCAUUGAGCGUAUGGGUGCUCACUUGAAGAUGCAUGACAGUCGCCUGUAUAAGUGUGCUCAUUGCAUGUACCAUCACUUCCAGCGUUAUGUCGUGGAAAGACAUCUUGCUGACAAGCAUCCAGAGAAACGACCAUUUGUCCAAGUAGUUAGGGAACCAGAUGUGGAAUCAGGCAAUGCGAAGACUGAAGCAUCUGCCAGCACAUCACUUGAAGGAGCAGGAAAUUCAAGUAGUGCAGGAGCUUUGAAGAAUCCAUGGCAUUGUGGUCUCUGCAAGUUCCAGUGCUCGACACGAUCUGAAGUGUUGGAUCAUACUUCAGGUGUGCAUGGGCUGAAAAGUCAGUUUAAAUGUGGGCUCUGCAGUUACCGGUCUUCCUCCAAGGCCAGUUUUGACUCUCACUUCGCAUCCAGGCAUCCUGCUGCAGAAAAUGUGGAGCUCAUCCAUGUAUAUCGCAAGGUGGAUACUUCUCAAACAUCCCAGUCAUCAGGAGCUAAGAAUGGGUCCCCAUUGGAAAUAGGUUUAUUUGACACAACACCUCUGUGGCGUAGAGACAUGCAGCGUGUAAGACAUAUCCGUGGAAUAUUGCUUGAAGAAGAAGGUGAUGUUCCCAAACCUGACAUCAUCCACAGGACAAGUAUUGAUAUUGGGGAGAUGGAAGAGAAAGAAGGGAAAUUUGGUCCUUAUGGAAAACCUGUAGGGAACCUCUACUGCUGCACAUUGUGCAACAAAUAUCGUACAAAAUUCAAAGCAGAUUUCAGAGACCAUCUCUACAGGGAACUUUCAUAUCACAAAUGGGUGUGCACACACUGCAGCCAGGUGUCUUGUAACAGAAGUUCUCUUCAGAAACACUCUGCCAGGAUGCAUGAAAAAGACAGGAAACCUGAAGCUAUUGCUCCUCUCACACCAAACAAAGACAUUGAGGAAUGGGUUGAGAAAGUGAUAAAUGUCCAGCUUGCAUUCAUGAAAAUAGAACAACAGGCAACCUCAGAAGGGACUUCAAGUUCUAAUAAAAUAUUGGAUGCUAGUCUUGCAAAUCUAGCCCAGCCAGGCCCUAGUGGGCUGUCAGGUAGCGCAAACAAAACAGAGCACAGCAUACCAGGUUUGAAGGCUUCCUCAGCAGAAAGAGAAGACCUGAUCGGUACUGGCAGCACAAGUAGUGACAGUGACACUUGCACUUCAAAAAGAAAGGUGCCUGGAGUAAGAGAUGUGACAGACAAUAUGAAGGUGUCCAGUAAGAAUGUCAGUUCAACCAUCCCAUUGGAGGGUUCUGUAUAUACAGAGAAAGCAUCUCAAGAUACUGACAAGUUGCUCAAGUACCCAUGCAAGCAUUGCAACAUGAAAUUUUAUCUUAUCCGUGGUUUGAAGGUGCACAUUCGUCAUAAUCACCUCAAGAUGUCAAUUCGGACAUGUGGACAUUGUGGAUAUGUUGCAAACUCGGAGGAAAGUGUGCUUAACCACAGCAAGGUUGAUCAUCCUGACCUGCCUCCAAAAUCUUUGCCACAUACAAAAGGUUCUUGCGUCAAGUUGGAUGAUGAAUUCUGGGAACGAGAGUAUGGCUUGGGGCAGGGUUCUGAAUAUAAAUGUCUCAACACACCAGUCUCAACUCCAUCUUCUUCAACCAGCUCUUCCCCAGGAACAGGUCCUCUAAAGAAGCGACAGAGAACUUCCAGUUCACCUGCUGAAUCAGAAGAAAGUUUGCCAUUAUUUCCGUCACUGGCAAACCAAAACCUUAAUAAGUGCUUGUAUUGUGAAUACUUUUGUCGUAGUGCAAGUGACUUAAAAUACCAUAUGAUGCGCCACUGGGUGCAGAAACCUUACAAAUGUGGUUACUGUGAUUUUGAAGGAGUCAGAGAAUAUGAAAUAAAGAAGCACUCAGCAAAGAUUCACCCAUUAAAAAAGUUGCGUGUUAUAGAAAAACCCAUGCCAAGUCAGCCAGAUAUCCGUCCAUUGCAACGCAAUAAGCGUUCUAAACCUGACAGAUUUGGGACUACUAGCAAUACACCUGUUCGUGAAAUAGGUCAUGAGAAAGUAAUGAAAAGUGGUGAUUCAGAGGUUGUUGAUACUGUGUCCACAGAAGAUAAGGUUGAAGAUGAACAGCAGAACACCACUGCAUUUCCAAAUAUCUUCUGCUGUUUUUACUGCCCUCAGCGUGGAACUUCAGUCGUGAGUAUCCAUCAGCAUUGGCAGGAGAAGCACAAGAAUAAACUUAUGGGUUCAAAUGGAGUGAUGAGGCUUGGUUUACCAUUCAAGUAUAAAGAGGUCAACAUGAAGCAGUUUCUGAAGGGUCAGAAUGGGUCUGCAGGUAGGAGGCCAGCAUUUCAGUGUUCAUACUGCAAAUUUCGUGGUACAUUAGCCGGGUUGGAGGCACACCAGAAGUCUGAACAUCCAGACAAACCAUUCCGAGUGAGUCAGGCAAGUUUUACAAGUUACGAAUGUGCAGAAUGUCACUUUACAGCAUUCACAGUAAACACAUUGAAAAAACAUUUUGAAAUGGAGCAUGUAGGAAAGGCACUACAGUAUCUUGUUAGGCCAUCAAAGGCAAAUUACAUAUCAGAUAUGAAAAGCAAGGAUUCGUUAGUUGUGAGCAAGCAUGCAGCUAGUUCAGGCUUACCAGCUCCUGCAGCUGUAGCCACAGCUAAAUACAUGUGCUUGUGGUGUGAAGAGACAUGUGAUUCUGAAGAUACAAUCCAGGUUCAUCAUGCCAUGUGCCAUUCACAUCUGCAGCUCAAGUACAGUGUAGAGAAGAGCAGCACUCCCACUGUGACUGCUGGUAAUAUCAAUAAGAAUUACAGUUGUCCAAGUUGCAAAUUUGUCUGUGAUAGUAGCCAAAGCAUGUCCAAACAUAUACAGAAUCAUGUGAAACCUUACACGCCUGACCAUUGCCCUAGAACAUCCGAGUUUCCCAAUAAGGUCAGCAGUGAUGCACUUUUGGAACAUCCAGAAGAAGAAUGUAAGGUGAUCCACGUAAGCAAUGCAGAAGAGGAAUUAGAAAAGUUGCGGUCUGAUAUGGGCAUUCGUAUAGGUGGGGAGGGCGGAGUGCAGUGUGACUCUGAAGCCUGUGUUGUUCCACCCCCUCCCAAGAGGCUCUGUGUUGCCCGUAAAUCAACAACAUUGUCUCCUCGUAUUGGAAAAUUCCAUGCUGUGGCUCGUAAGUCAACCAAUCCUCUGCUGUCACAGACUGCCAAGAAGGUCAUUUUAGAUUCAUGUUAUGACACAGAACAAGGGGAGGUAACAACUGCUCCUAGUAGUCGAUCUGAGUCACCUGCUGUCUGUCCUGAGUUUUCAUAUUAUGGGUGUCGCCCAGCUCCUGUCGAUAAAAACCGCAUCACGGCAUCUGUAAAAUUACGAAACAAUCUUGGUGUGAACAUGAACAUGAGUUUGGCAACUAUGGAACGGUUUACUAAUAUGUAUCCAGUUGUCAAAGUGAAAGAUUUGAAGUAUGAAAAAUGGGCUUUGACACAUUAGAGAGGAAAGGGCAUUUAUAUGAAAGCUUUUGGACAAGUUGGACUGAUCAUAAUUGCUUAAAGUAAUUUUUGUGUUGUAAAGGCAUCCUAUUAUUGUAAAUGUUAUUUUUAUAUAGGGUGUUCAAAAUUGAAGGAAGUAAUAUGACUCACUGUUGAGAACAUAAUGAAACAGGCUUUUAAUAUAUGCACUAAUGUAAUAUGUACUAGAGUUUUUAAAUAUUAAAUAAUGUAUGAUUUCUGUUGUUACAUAUUUAUACACUAAGUAAGCUUUAUUAUGUUAAGUUUAGGGAAAUGUAACAUUGUCACAUUUCUUUCACUGCCAUUCCUAAUUGUUUAAAAGUUGUGUGGCAUUAAUUUGGAAUACUGUGUAUUCCAAAGACUGGAUUGGUAUGAAAGUGAAAUUUAUUUCUGACAAUGGUGAAUGUUUUCUUUUUUCCAGAUUUUAUAUUUCAUGGAGAAAUUUUUCUGUAAAUACAUACUGUACAGUAAAUACACUUUUGAAACUUUGUA